UUUAGACACUGUACGUCCCAUUUGUAUUUUUUUCAACUCAUUUACUACCUCGAUAGCGCAGGUGUCCUUUUUUAGUUCUGCUCAACUUCCGUCAACAAAACCUGAAAGAUUGUAAUUUUCUCUUUUGAUUCUCAAGCUGUGAUUUUUCUGGGAGUUUGCUGCUCAAUAUUGUGCUGUUCAUGGUAGUUCAGAACAGCUAGUCUUUGCUAGAUUGGGUUUGCGGAUUUAAAGCUCUCUAUAUAUUGUGCUAUCUGUCGUAGUGGGGAUAGAGCUAGCUAAGUACCUAGUGUACAUUUGAUUGGGUUUGCGGAUUUGUGGGUUUGAUGCUCUCUAUAUAUUGUGCUUUCUAUUGUAGUCCAGGACGCUAUUGCAUGUUUGAUUUGGUUUGCGGGUUUUUGGGAGUUUGAUGUUCACUAUCGUGCGCUCUAUGGUAGUUCAGAACUGUUAGUGUACUUUUGAUUGGGUUUGAGGGUUUUUGGGAGUUUGAUUGGAUUUGCGGGCUUUUGGGAGUUUGAUUCUUACUAUCGUGUGCUCUAUGGUAGUUCAGAACUGUUAGUGUACUUUUGAUUGGGUUUGCGGCUUUGCAAAUUUUUUGGGAGUUUGAUGGGAUGUCUUCUGCUUAGUUGUAAUAUUAGUGAUAGUUGAGUGAAUUAUCUCUUGGGGAUGAAGAAGUGGUCUGGGGGCACCCUUAUUUUAGUUUUGUCUUUCGUUCUGGUGGUGAGGUAUACCUACUUCGGCAGUCAACCACCAAAGCCAAUUAAACAAUCAGCUUAUGACUUCUUUAGAAACCAUCCUAGUAAUGAUUCACAAGCACAGGAAAUCAGUUCGAGUGCGAAAUCUUCUGAGAUCAAUGUGACAAAAGUAGAAAAGAUCAAAGAGAAGCCACAUCUUAUUGAUGUUGAAGGACUUAGUGACUUGUAUAGUAAUGUAAAUGCAUCGAAAGAAGAUAUGAAAAGCUUUGCGACAUGGCCUCAGUUGCGUACUGUGUUGUUAAGGUCAGACGGGUUGCCUGAGACAAGUAAGGGUGUAAAAGAAGCUUCUGUUGCUUGGAGAGAGUUAAUUUCAAUAAUUAAGUGGGAGAAAAGUAAAACUGCAGGUGAUGACGGCAAUGUAAACAGAACUAAUGAAAUAAAAUGUCCUUUUAGUGUUAGCACUUUCGAUGAGCCUUUGAAUAGUAGCAGGAGACUUCUUGAGCUCCCAUGUGGUCUGAUUGAAGAUUCUUCUGUUACUUUGAUUGGUAUCCCCAACGGGCGGAAUAGAAGUUUCCAAAUUGAGCUUGAGGGUGCGGGGUUUCCACAUGAGCAAAAGCCUCCUAUUAUCUUGCAUUACAAUGUCUAUCUUCCAGAAGAAAACAGUACAAAUUAUUCUGUAAUAGUUCAAAAUACAUGGACUAAUGAAGUUGGCUGGGGUAAGGAAGAAAAAUGUCCUGGAGGAAGGUCAACAAACUACAUACAAGUUGAUGGACUGGCUAGUUGCUAUGAGCAACUUAUUAGAAGCGCUAUGGAAGAAAAUCAAAAUAAGAGUCUUCCUGUUGGUGACAAGAAGAUUAACAAUUCCGUGGCUCAUGCUCAUAUCAGAGCUAAUUUCCCAUUCAGUGAAGGGAGUCCAUUCACUGCCACACUGUGGGCUGGUUUGGAAGGAUUUCACAUGACUGUCAAUGGAAGGCAUGAAACUGCCUUCAAAUAUAAAGAGAACUUGGAGCUGUGGCUGGUUAGUAAAGUCAAAGUGACUGGAGGUGUGAGCAUCUUGUCUGGCAUAGCCAAAGGUCUUCCUGUAUCAGAAGAUCUUGAUAUAGUUUUUGACGUUGGUCAACUCAAAGCCCCAUCGUUGCUUAAAAGAAGAGUUGUGUUACUUGUUGGAGUUUUCUCAACUGGAAACAACUUUGAACGCAGAAUGGCCUUAAGGAGGUCUUGGAUGCAAUAUGAAGCUGUUCGCUCGGGGAUUGUAGCUGUGCGCUUUCUUAUUGGUUUUCACAAGAAUGCAGAGGUAAAUCUUGACCUGUGGAAAGAGGCUCAAGCAUAUGGAGACAUUCAGCUGAUGCCUUUUGUUGACUAUUACAGUUUGAUCAGCUUGAAAACAAUCGCGGUUUGCAUACUUGGGACCAAAAUUAUCCCAGCUAAAUAUAUAAUGAAGAUUGACGAUGAUGCUUUUGUGAGAAUUGAUGUAGUGCUUUCAAGUCUUAAGGAGAAGUCUGCUAGUGGUCUCCUGUAUGGUCUCAUAUCAUUUCAGUCAUCUCCCCACAGGGACCAAGAUAGCAAAUGGUUUGUUAGCGAAGAGGAAUGGCCAAAAGAUUCGUUUCCUCCAUGGGCUCACGGUCCAGGUUAUAUAAUUUCCCGUGACAUUGCCAAAUACAUUGUGCGUAGUCAUCAGGAAAGAGAUCUUAAGCUCUUUAAAUUAGAGGAUGUUGCUAUGGGCAUUUGGAUUGAGAAAUACAAGGACAGUGGCCACGAAGUUAAAUACAUCAGUGAUGAUCGUUUUCACCAUACUGGAUGUGAUGCUGAUUACAUCCUCGCACAUUAUCAAAACCCAAGAAAGGUGCUGUGCUUAUGGGAGAAGUUGCAAAAGGAACACCAGGCUGUGUGUUGUGAAUAAGUACUGCAGCACAAAUUUGCUUUCUUAUAUCCCGGAAUUUUGAAAAUUUGUAUGAUAUUUUUAAUUCUUUUAUUUUUUAAAUUUUGAAAUUCAGUUCAUUUUUGUCUGGUGCAAGAUGCAUCGCAAAAGUUGUUGGACUCCGACUUGAUAUCUUUGUCACAACCUGCAACGACUUUCUAAAUGACAUCAACGGAGUUGUCUGCAGUUUGAAAUGUAAGAACCAUACACAUUAUACCCUUGCAGAUAUAGUAUUUUCUCUUGUUAACGAUUUGUUACAAGAAUUCAGUUA